GCAGAUCGUGUAGUGUGUAUCUUUACCAUACAUUAUUCUCUCAAGAUUUUGAUCCUGGAACAGUGGUAGCAUUCCCGAAAAUUGCGCCCUCCGAUAUUGUUCGCUUGAACUUAUUAAAACGGCGAGGCAGGGCAAAAUUAUUUCUCCUAGUUCGUCUUCCGUAACUCUCUUGGGCUUCAAUCGCGCGCAUCUGAUUCGGAAUCCUCAGAACCAAUGCUCAAGAUGCCACUGUUCGGCAAGUCACCGAAAAGUCCGUCUGAAGUCGUCAAGGCUCUCAAAGAGGCAUUGCACACUCUGGAGAAAGGCGACAAGAAAGUCGAGAAGGCCCAAGAGGACAUAUCGAAAAAUCUAACCCUGAUGAAGAACAUGCUGUACGGCACUGGAGAGGCUGAGCCGCAGAAUGAAAUCGUUGUAGCGCAGCUAGCGCAGGAAUUAUAUAAUUCUAAUUUGCUUCUCCUGCUGAUACAGAAUUUGAACAAGAUUGAGUUCGAGAGCAAGAAAGACGUAGCCCAAAUUUUCAACAACGUUCUGAGGCGACAAAUCGGCACCAGAACUCCCACUGUUGAGUAUAUAAUGGCGCAUCCCGAUAUACUCUUCACGUUGAUGAGAGGCUACGAGCAUCAAGAAAUUGCUCUGAAUUGUGGCACCAUGUUGAGAGAAUGCUGCCGGUAUGAAACCCUUGCCAAGAUAAUGCUUUACUCCGAAAACUUCUACAACUUUUUCAAAUAUGUGGAAGUUUCCACGUUCGAUAUUGCGUCCGAUGCCUUCUCAACGUUUAAGGAGUUACUAACAAGGCACAAGUUGCUCUGUGCAGACUUCCUGGAGCAGAACUACGAUCGCGUUUUCGCGGAGUAUCAAGGGUUGUUGAAUUCAGAGAAUUACGUCACACGCCGCCAAAGCCUUAAGCUCCUGGGAGAGCUUCUCCUCGACCGUCACAACUUUUCAGUUAUGACUCGGUACAUCUCCAGCCCGGACAAUCUGAAGCUCAUGAUGAACAUGCUGAAAGAGAAGAGUCGGAAUAUACAAUUCGAGGCCUUCCAUGUUUUCAAGGUAUUCGUGGCAAAUCCGAACAAACCAAAGCCGAUCCUGGACAUCCUCCUUCGGAACCAAGAUAAGCUCGUAGACUUCCUCACCAAGUUCCACACCGACCGAAGUGAGGACGAACAGUUCAACGACGAGAAGGCUUAUUUGAUCAAGCAAAUCAAGGAGCUCAAGCUGGCGCCUACCGAUUCAUCACCUCAACACCCUGGUUCAUCUCCCGCUGUUGCCCACUAA